UUCUUUGUUUUUUUUAGUGGGUUUAGAGCCACAUCAUUGUUGUUUAUGCUGAUAUUCUCAUCAUCAUUGAGAUGGCAUGGUUUGGGUGUUGAAAGCUGAAUAAUCCGAAGUUCCCCAAAAUCUUUCUUCUCCGUAGCAUCAAAGCUUCGAACCAAGGGCAAGUUCUUCCGCUGCUAUGAAUGCAAUGGAGAGAGAAAAGGAGAGUCAAAAUGUGGAUGAAACGCACAGUAGAAAUGAGAAUACAUCACUAGUUGAGAUAAAGGUAUUGUUCUUUGCUCGGGCUAGAGAUAUUGCCGGCUUGACUAAUAUGCCAUUGGAGGUGUCAUCAGGGAGUACUGCCCGCGAUUGCUUGGACAAGCUUAUUGCCAAGUUUCCGGGCCUGGAAGAGAUCCGGGGGUGCAUGGUCCUCGCUCUCAAUGAGGAAUACGCACCUGAGUCUGCAGUUGUUAAAAAUAGAGAUGAAUUGGCCAUCAUACCUCCCAUAAGUGGAGGCUAAAACUUUCUUAUGUAGGUAUAUUCUUUUCCUGCGUUUUUGUUUUAGGGGCUUUGAGUUGAACCUUUGAGGUUAAUGCUUGCUUUGUACCAAACCUACUCUCUCUGCUAUGAUUCACAGGUAAAUCUUGUGGCUCGAGUAUAUAUCAUUGUUCUGUUCACAUAUUUUCACUGUGGUGAAUGAAUGCUACCCUUUUAUAUGAAGGGUCUGUUUGGAGAUCCAUUUAUUUUAAUUUCA